AUGACCUCAUAGACUCACUCCAUGGAAAAAGCAAACAAUGUAACAGAAUUCAUUUUCUGGGGCCUUUCCCAGAACCCCCAGGUCGAAGCAGUAUGUUUUGUGGUGUUUUCCUUUUUCUACACAGUUAUUCUUCUGGGAAACUCUCUCAUCAUGUUGACGGUUUGUCUGGGUAACUUAUUUAGGUCUCCCAUGUAUUUCUUCCUCUAUUUCUUGUCAUUUGUGGACAUUUGUUAUUCAUCCGUCACAGCACCCAAAAUGAUUGUUGAUCUGUUAGUGAAAACUAAAACCAUUUCCUAUGUGGGGUGCAUAAUGCAAGUCUUUGGAGUCCAUUUCUUUGGUUGUACUGAGAUCUUCAUUCUUACUGUCAUGGCCUAUGACCGCUAUGUAGCCAUCUGUAAACCUCUACAUUAUAUGACCAUUAUGGACCGGCAGAAAUGCAAUAAAAUGUUGCUGGGCACCUGGGUGGGUGGGUUUUUGCACUCCAUUAUCCAGGUGGUUCUGGUUGUCCAGCUCCCAUUCUGUGGACCUAAUGUGAUCGAUCACUACUUUUGCGAUGUCCACCCUGUGUUGAAACUUGCCUGCACAGACACCUAUGUGGUGGGUGCUGUAGUGACAGCCAACAGUGGUACCAUUGCACUGGGCAGUUUUGUCAUCUUGCUGAUCUCCUAUACAAUCAUUCUGGUGUCCCUCAGGAAGCAGUCAGCAGAAGGCAGGCGUAAAGCUCUCUCUACCUGUGGCUCCCAUAUUGCAGUGGUCAUCAUCUUUUUUGGCCCCUGUACAUUUAUGUACAUGAGGCCCGACACUACCUUCUCAGAGGACAAGAUGGUGGCUGUAUUUUACACCAUCAUCACUCCUAUGUUAAACCCUCUGAUUUACACUCUGAGAAAUGCAGAAGUAAAGAAUGCAAUGAGGAAAUUGUGGAGGAGGAAGGUUUUUCUGGGAGGCUAA